CCCCGCUCUCCUCUCGAGCCCCGCUUCCUGAAACUAUUCCCCUCCGUUCUCGGUAAUCCCGCUUCUCACCCCCGCACAGCGCCUCGUAAUCGGUCGCCUAGCCAGCCAGCCAGCCAACAGUUGAAAUCAGCUGACGGCGAGCAGUUGCUACCACGGCUCCUCAAACGCGAUACUAUUCAGAUAUCGGACGAUCAGGAUGUUGGGCAAUUUUGUCGGUUACUUGUUCGGGAGUAAUUACUCCGGCACACAAGAUUCGCUCGAAGAGGAUCCUCGAACCCGAGGGAUAAUGCGGAGAUUUAGGCAAGUGGAGGUCGAGAAUGAUGAAUGGAUCCUCAUUGACCGAACUGUUGAGGGUACGCUGGAGGAGCCGUGGUAUGAAAUGCCACCGGCAGUGUUCACUCAAGAAGGACCCAUUAAAGUAGCAACUUCACCGAUGGAGAAUCUGUUGAUAGAGCAUCCUAGCAUGUCUGUCUACUCCGUCGUGUCGGGAACGUCUCCCCCUGUCACUCCGGACACUCCGCCCCCUUCGCCGGAUAGAUGGAUAGAUGGCCAAAAGGAUGUCGAUGUCCGGCAAACCACUGACGUUCUUCAAAACGUCCCCUCGGCGCCGACAGCUGAUCUCUCGUCCUCCACGUCCUCCGCGCUUUGUACCGUAUCUACGUCCUUGGAUAGCAGUUUAGACCGAAGUAACAUCGACGAAUUAUCGCGUAGAGUUGUCGCAGAAUUGCAAGCCAGCCACAACGACAGACUGCCCACAUCAGAUAGCAAUAAUAACAAAACUAAGAUCGGAAAACAGCUCCGGUCCGCUCAAGAACGAGCUCAAGAGGUAUUGCAGAAGCGCUCGACUCAGAGCCUGAAGAGGACUCGUAUGGAAAGAAGCAACAAGGCACGCCAGGCAAAAGGCAAGCGGCUACGUCGUCAGGACCGUUUGCGCGUUUGCCAUAGCGGUGCCAAUAACAACCGAAAAUGCUAGUCAUCCGAUCUCAAGUCAAUCUGUACUUAAACUUCUUCCUAAAACAAUGAACGCUAUGAUAAUUGGGUACUUGGUGAAGUUUCGCUGCAAUGAUAUUAUUUAAAAAAAUUAUCAUCGAAAAGUAACCUGAUCCUUUACUGUUUUGUAGUAUAUGCUAUGUCUAUUUUUUCGUCAAUAGUGCAAAAUAUUAAUCUGUUUGAUAUAAGACAAAGUUUUAGAGUAGUUCUCAGAUUAGAGUCUGGCCAUUAUUAGAUUUUAUACCGAAUGUGUGCGUGUGUAUGUGUAUUCAUGUGUGUAUGGUGAUAGUGUUUAGUAUAAUAAUAAUUGUUGUAGAGUUCACUCUAAUCUUUUGAUACAUCUUGCAAAAAUGGAUGAUUGUUGUAUACGUGAUUGUAAUUUAAUGAUGCGCCAAAUGACAUCUCGAUGACAUUUUUUUCGUUAACGAUGAAAAGAAAAUAUUUCAAGUCUAUAUUUAGCCUAUAGUUCGAGUUAAAUCAAUUAAUAAAAGUUGAAAAUGGUCAGACUCUUAAUCGAGAACUAGACGGCUUGAUCUGUCCAUUGUUCUGUCGCAAGCUGGAAUAGAUAACAAAGCGCUCUGUAAAACUGACAAAUGUUUGCAAUUUAUUAUAUAUAAUUCUCGAUUUAUUUUAACUAUUUAUUUAAAUGAAAAUAUAUGUGCAGUAGAAGAAAAAGAAUUGUUUGUAACCAAAAUGUGAGAUAGUUGAGGGACUUGUAAGAAAUUGCUGCUCAAAACAAUGAUCUCAAUUUGAUCAACCGAUCCGGAGUUCAUUAUAACGAAAUUUUACUCGUUAAAUACGUUCUUGUUCGCACAAGUGUGUGAAGAAGUGUGUACAUUUGAUGAUUAUGAUAAAACAUAUAUAUGUGACAUGUUUAACCCUUUCUAGAAAAAAUCAUAAACACAGUUUAAAGAAUAUGUUUGACAUUAUAAAGUCUUUUUUUAUCCCCUUUUUCACAUAAUAAGAUUAUUUACAUAAGAAUCGUCACAUAAAUCCUCUACAUAUUUUUUUAAACUCCAAGGCAAUCCAUAUAUUAAUGCAAUCAUUAUAUUAAGGAAUAAAAAAUAUAUUAAUCACAAUAUUAUUUCUAAUAAGAUAUAAAGAUAUAAAGUAAAUCCUUGUCCUUAUAUUUAUAAAAUCCUUGUCCUUAUAUUAUAUAAAAAAACAAAAAAACAAGUAAUUUUUAAGCUAUAGUUAAUGAUAUUGAGUGUUGAUAAAUCAGUCUCACGAAAUAAAUUCUUAUCAAUUUAUUUCAAUAAAAUAUAUUCUAGAAAAAAAUGAGAAUAUAUUAAUGUACAAAAUAAUUUUUUAAAAUUUGUGGCCUUGUACAAUUGACCGAAGCAAUACUUGAGAAACGUAACUUCUUGAAAGGGUUAACAGGGUCCUCGAGCAAACAAGUCACAAGGACGUAUAUCGAUAUCCGUAUAAUUAAAAGAGAUAUAUUUGAUCUGUCCAAUUUUAUUAGUUUUAUUUAAUACUAAAUUUUUAUUAAUUAUAUAAUUAAUUAUUUGACAUAAUGUGCGUAAAGUGUAUGUACACGAACCAAGUCACAAAUCGCACGAAGCUCUGAAUAUUAUUUUAUACCUUCCAUAAUCUAUCUUUUGGUUCUUAGUAAAACUAUUAUUAUUAUUAUUAUUAUUAUUAUUAUUAUUAUUAUUAUUAAUAAUAAUAAUAAUAAUAUAUUAGUUUUAUUUGUGCAUCUUACAUACAUAUAAUUCCUUAUGUCAAUUUAGUUUUAAAAUUCUCGGACUCUCACAGAUUCCUAGGUCAUCAAAUUGUUAAACAGUUAAAAUCCCAGGAUUCUGCUUAAAUUUUUACAGGAUAAUAUAUAUAUUUGAUUUUUCGUUUGUUCUUGGAUUCUGAAAUACUAGAAUAUAUUAUUAAAAUAAAUUGAAUUGAUUACAAUAGUUUUUUUUUAGAUCUGGUAAAUUAUAUUACAUUUUCAUAUAUUUAGUAAAAUAUUGAAAUAUCUAAAAUCUUUUGUCCUUUCUCUUUAGAUCCUAGAUUUUUAUAGCUACAACUAUAGAUUAUUGAUUUUUAAAGUUAUAAAUUUCAAGGAUUAUUUAAGCUUUAGAAGAUAUUUUUUAAAUAUAUUAUAUCCAUAGAUUAUACACAUGUAUAAUAAUAUAUACAUAAUAAAAAAAUAUUAUAUAACAUAGUAUAUGUAGUCAUAUAUAUAAUCACGUAUUAUAUAUAUAUAUAUAUGUAAAAUACAUAAUCAUAUAUAUAUACAUAUAUAUAUAUAUAUAUAUAUAUAUAUAUAUAUAUAUAUUUAUAUAUACACAUAUAUAUGUAUGUAUGUAUAUAGUAUUAUAAAUGGAUACAAAACGGACUAUGUAAAGACAAUGUGUAAUUUUAAUUAUUGGAUUUUGAAAAAUUUCUAUACCCUGGGAUAUUUCUGAUUUCACGAAUUGAUUGAACUCUUGAUUUUCUGAGAGAUUCUUGGAUCCUUAUUCUAUUGUCUAGAUAGAAUUGCACCUUUGAAUGAUAUUUUCGAAUUUGUAAAUUGUACGCUUAGAUUUUCAGAUCCUUGAGUAAUGAAUCUAUGUUAUUCAUUUUCCAUGGAUCUUUUCUCUUUUUUUUCCUCGGAUUUUCUCAUGCGUCCUUGAACGUUAUACAUACCAGGAUCUUAGGAUUCUCUGAUUGAUGCACUAUGAAAAAUGUAUCGCAAUUGUAUUAUAUAUAUAAUACCGUUUUAUAGUUGCCUAUUAUUAAUUAACAUAUUACGAUGGCAUAGUGUUCAAAAUAAAGGAUUCCUCUUGUCUCGAACAAA